CUGCGGGCUAGAGCGGCCCACGAGAACCUGGCGCUUAGCGGCCCUUGCCGGUGCGGGGCGCCGUCCUGGAGCCUCAGCCCAGGGCGCCAGGAAUAGCCGCUGUCUUAGCCCCUCGACAGUCCACACCAUUGGCAGCGCCUCCGAAACCGAGUCUGACUAGUCGUUCAGACUAGCCUGGCCCUGCUGUUCCGACCCGUCCUGCUGCGGAAAGGCUCGGCACGCCCCUCUGCAGUGCAGCCUAGGGAGGCUGAACAGACCCCUGCGAGCCGAGAGUGCAGCGAUGGGUCCCAGCUCCCCUGUCCCUGAGUUGCCACGUCUGAUAGCAAAGGCUGCAGUGACAGUUCUUGAGUCACCUUAACAAUAAAAGUAGAUACUAAUGUAUCUGUACCUUGUCUCAGUCGGCACUCUAUAAACAUUUGGCACGGUACUAGUUACCUUAAUAAGACCUCAUCUUCCCUUGGGAGGGAGAGAGCACUGGCAGCUGCUGGGUAAUUUGAAGACGACCGUGGAAGGUUUGGUGUCAGCCAACUGCCCCAAUGUCUGGUCCAAGUAUGGUGGCCUGGAGCGGCUGUGCAGGGACAUGCAGAACAUCCUGUAUCAUGGGCUCAUCCAUGACCAGGUGUGUUGCCGCCAGGCUGAUUACUGGCAGUUUGUGAAAGACAUUCGGUGGCUCAGCCCGCACUCAGCCCUUCACGUUGAGAAGUUCAUCAGUUUGCAUGAGAGCGACCAGAGCGACGCUGACAGCGUGAGUGAGCGCGCUGUUGCAGAGCUGUGGCUGCAGCAUAGCCUGCAGUGCCACUGCCUCUCAGCCCAGCUCCGGCCUCUGCUCGGGGACAGACAGUACAUCAGAAAAUUCUACACAGAAACUGCCUUCCUGCUGAGUGACGCCCACGUCACAGCCAUGCUCCAGUGCCUGGAAGCAGUGGAACAGAACAACCCCCGUCUUUUGGCUCAGAUCGAUGCAUCCAUGUUUGCCAGAAAGCAGGAGAGCCCGCUGCUGGUCACAAAGAGCCAGAGUCUGACCGCUCUGCCAGGUUCCACAUACACCCCUCCAGCUAGCUAUGCUCAGCAUUCCUACUUUGGGUCCUCCUCCAGCCUUCAGUCCAUGCCACAGUCCAGCCACAGCUCAGAGAGAAGAUCUACUUCCUUUUCGCUCUCUGGCCCUUCCUGGCAACCUCAAGAAGACAGAGAAUGCCUCUCACCAGCAGAGACUCAAACUACCCCAGCUCCGCUGCCUUCAGACUCUACUCUAGCCCAGGAUUCCCCACUGACAGCACAGGAGAUGAGCGACAGCACUCUGACUAGCCCCCUAGAGGCAUCCUGGGUCAGCAGCCAGAAUGACUCCCCAAGUGAUGUCAGUGAGGGGCCGGAGUACCUGGCCAUUGGCAACCCAGCCCCUCAUGGCCGGACUGCCAGUUGUGAGAGUCACAGCAGCAAUGGCGAGAGCAGCAGCUCUCACUUGUUCUCCUCCAGCAGCUCUCAAAAGCUGGAGUCUGCUGCCUCUUCUCUAGGGGACCAAGAGGAAGGCAGGCAGAGUCAGGCAGGCAGCGUCCUUCGCAGGUCCAGCUUCUCAGAAGGGCAGACAGCCCCUGUCACCAGCGGGACAAAGAAGAGCCAUAUUCGCUCCCACUCGGACACCAACAUUGCCUCCAGAGGAGCCGCAGGAGGCCCCAGGAAUAUCACCAUUAUAGUUGAAGAUCCCAUUGCAGAGGGUGGUCAGUACCUCUGCUCAGGAGAAGGCAUGUUUAGAAGACCAUCAGAAGGACAGUCCCUCAUCAGUUACCUCUCUGAGCAAGACUUUGGCAGCUGUGCAGACCUGGAAAAGGAAAACGCUCACUUCAGCAUCUCCGAGUCCUUGAUUGCCGCCAUUGAGCUGAUGAAGUGCAACAUGAUGAGCCAGUGUCUAGAAGAGGAGGAAGUAGAGGAGGAAGAUAGUGACCGAGAGAUCCAGGAACUGAAGCAGAAGAUCCGCCUUCGGCGCCAGCAGAUACGCACCAAAAACCUGCUCCCUGCAUACCAGGAGACUGAGAAUGGAAGCUUCCGGGUCACCUCCAGCAGCUCCCAGUUCAGUUCACGGGAUUCAACACAGCUCUCAGAGUCCGGCUCUGCUGAGGAUGCUGACGACUUGGAAAUCCAAGAUGGUAGCGAAGGCUCUAACCUGACUCCCAUGUUACAGAAUGGACUCUCAGUGUCAGUGGCCUCACUGUUCUCAGACGCUGACAUCCGGAGGAGUGCAGUCUCAAACGGCAAAUCAUCCUUCUCCCAGAAUCUCUCGCACUGCUUCCUGCACUCCACAUCGGCUGAGGCAGUGGCCAUGGGGCUUCUGAAGCAGUUUGAGGGGAUGCAGCUUCCAGCUGCCUCGGAGCUCGAGUGGCUAGUCCCAGAGCAUGAUGCUCCACAGAAGCUCCUGCCUAUCCCCGACUCCCUGCCCAUCUCACCAGAUGACGGGCAGCACGCGGACAUCUACAAGCUGCGGAUCCGCGUCCGUGGCAACCUGGAGUGGGCUCCACCCCGGCCGCAGAUCAUUUUUAAUGUUCAUCCAGCCCCCACGAGGAAGAUUGCCGUGGCCAAGCAGAAUUACCGCUGUGCGGGAUGUGGCAUCCGGACAGACCCUGACUAUAUCAAGCGGCUGCGGUACUGUGAGUACCUAGGCAAGUACUUCUGCCAGUGCUGCCACGAGAACGCCCAGAUGGUCGUCCCCAGCCGCAUUCUGCGCAAAUGGGACUUCAGCAAGUACUACGUCAGCAACUUCUCCAAGGACCUGCUCCUGAAGAUCUGGAAUGAUCCUCUCUUCAAUGUGCAGGACAUCAAUAGCGCCCUCUACAGGAAGGUCAAGCUGCUUAACCAAGUUCGGCUGCUGCGGGUUCAGCUGUACCACAUGAAGAACAUGUUUAAGACGUGCCGACUGGCCAAAGAGCUCCUGGAUUCCUUUGACGUGGUUCCAGGCCACCUAACAGAGGACCUCCAUCUGUACUCACUGAAUGACCUGACUGCAACCAAGAAGGGAGAACUGGGGCCCCGGCUGGCCGAGCUCACCAGAGCGGGAGCCGCCCACGUAGAGAGAUGCAUGCUGUGUCAGGCCAAGGGCUUCAUCUGUGAAUUCUGUCAGAAUGAGGAGGACGUCAUCUUUCCUUUUGAGCUGCAUAAGUGCCGGACCUGUGAAGAGUGUAAAGCAUGUUACCAUAAAACUUGCUUCAAGUCUGGACGCUGCCCCCGGUGUGAGCGGCUGCAGGCCCGACGGGAGCUGCUGGCCAAGCAGAGCCUGGAGUCCUACCUGUCUGACUAUGAGGAGGAGCCCACGGAAGCCUUGGCUCUAGAGGCCACCGUCCUAGAGGCCACCUGAGGAAUACACUAAGCCCUUUGUGCAAGGGUCUGGCGAGGGUCAGAAAUAGACUGAGCCACACCUUCAAGGAAGGUGGGGCCUUUUAAAAAUAUAUAUAUUGUCAUUUUUUAUGACUUGUCUGCUGUCCAAGUGUAGGCAACCUUUCUUGGUUGAUGGAUCCAGUCUCUUGUGACAGCUGUCUGUGGGCACUGGGUAUUUUUGUCAGGGGAAUGGACAUCGAGACCCAGUUCUGACCCGCUCGGCCUCUUCCACUAGGACCAGAUCUGGUUACAGCUGCAGCUAACGAUCAUUGCCACUGUUGACUUAGUUCCUCAGCGUCUGAGCCAGGCCUCUCUCAGCCAGCGACCUUCUCCUUUGCUGCUGAAGCAGGAGAAUGGUCUUUUCUCAGGCCUAGUCCUAACAGAGACUAAGACUGUGCCCUGAGGCACGGGAGAGAAGGGGGUAUACAACGGGCAUUCUGUCUGGCCACGUAGGUAUGGGGGGGGGGCAGGUAGGAACAGAACCGUCCUUGCUCUAGCAUCCUCGGGAUCUCAAGGGGCAACCAUGACUCCCCUGUUUCAAAUAUUCCUGGCAUAGGUGGGCACAAGCUGGUUUGUGUACUCUGGUGGGCUUGGUGAGCAAAGACCAGAUCUGAGUCUUAGGUCAGGCCACAAGCCUAUAAAUGCGGCUGCAGCUGGUGCUUAAGGAGCAUAGACAUCUCCUCCGGGGUGGUCAGUCUCUCAGUUAACUAUCGUGAGUGCAGGUGUGCUUCAUGCUCAGGCAAGUCCCUGGUGCAACCUAAGGCGAGGAUAGAAACCCCAUCCACCAUCUUAAUAGUGGGUUCCAUACUGCUCUGUACGACUAUGUGAUCAUUGUGGUUCCAGUACAGGUAUGACCCAACUCCAUUCUCUGUCCCCUUCCCCCAGAGAGCUGCAGCCCUUCCUCUUGGCUGAUCUCUUGCCUUAGCUUCUUUUCUCAGAGUUGGGGGAAGCCGGCCAACUAGUAGCACUAACUAAAGCACUUGGCAGUUUGUGAAUGUGUCUGUUUGCUCAGAGUAACAGGGCCUUUAUGCAGUUAACUAACUCUUCAGCUUUGUAAUCUAUGUCAAACCAUCCAUUUCAUGGUACUAAUUUUAAUAGACUCUUCCCCUAUCACCUAAUGUGCAUUUUUUGUGGGAAUCGCCCUGGACUAGGCUGCACAUGAUGGUGGUGGUGUUUGAGUUGCUGCAGCACCGACCUCGGUAAACACUGGUCAGGGCUGCCUCUCAGAGCCUGGCAGUUCUGUGAACUAACGUCCACAGCCCUCUUGUUCUGGAGCCGGCCUGUGGCUUCCUGUACUUGACUGCUAGUAAAAUCAUUGGUCCAGGCAGUGCCGCAGGCCGUCAAAUGGAGUUGCAUGUUGUUGAUGGAAGCUGACAGGUAGCUGUGCUUAGAGGGAACGAGGGAUCUCCCAGAGAGGCAGAAGGGGCAUGACAUAACAGCCAAGCUGAGCUCCAGCAGAGCAAGAGGGAGCAUGCCAGGCUACUUCCAAGGUGUGGCUCCUCUGCCUCACCCUUGGGAUCUGACAACUACAUGGACUGGAUGACCGGGACUGCUCUCAGUAGUCAAUGAGGCAGAAAGCCGAGGCCAGAGCCAGUUCUGCAGAGCUGGCUAGAAAUCCCUCCCAACUCAGUUAUCACUGAGUCAGACCUCAGAGUCAGACUCUGACUCCAGGGCCAGUUCCUGGCUGACUUCCGUCCAGCUGCUCACUGAAGUCACCACACUGUAGGAGACUUCCACCCAUGCUCCCAGUUCACACAGGCUCAGGCAGUCUCACUGACGUCCCUGUUCCUUUCCACCUCCCCCACCCCAUCCCUCUAGAUCACAUACCUUUUAGAGCUCCUGAGUCUGCUGUCAUUACUGACCAAAUACCCAUGUUUGUUUAUUUGAGGAGCCGGAGCAGGGGGUGUGGUGAAAGCACUUUGUCACUUAAAGUAUCUGAGGAUCCCCUGCUGCACUGAUGGGAGGUGGGAGUGGAGCUUAGGGGAGGGAGCAGCAUUCUGUACAGAGGGGACAGCUCCAAGUGCUCUGCACUUAAGGGGCUCUUCUUCCUCUGCUGAGGGCUGGAGAGCUUUUGCCGAACAGAAAAGGAGCAAGAGUCUAAAUAAAAACUCUGUUUGUGUACAGCCUGUGUUUAGAACUGGAUUUUCACCUGCUGUAAUUUACGCACAUCCUGACAGUCCAUGGUCUCUUUAAUAAACUAAGGAAAAUAAAUCUUGCCUUUUAUUUACCUGCCUUGA